GAAUCUGAGAGGAUGGUGGAGAGAACGAUGAGCCUGGGGGUGGGAGGCAAUGGAGAAACCUCGGGGGUUAGAGAAACGAUGUGGGCGCAGCAGGAGCUUCUUCAGAAGAUCAACCAGGAGCUUGACGCUGAACGCGAAGCCUCUUCAUCGGCUGCUUCCGAGGCCCUGUCGAUGAUUCUCCGGCUUCAGGGAGAGAAAGCAGCGCUGGAGAUGGAGGCUAGUCAGUACAAGAGGAUGGCGGAGGAGAAGAUGUGCCAUGCCGAAACCUCCCUCGCGCUCUUCGAGGAUCUGAUUUACCAGAAGGAAAUGGAGAUCGCGUCUCUCGGGUUUCAGGUCCAGGCUUACAGAUGCAAGCUACUCAGCGCAGGCUGCUCCGAUCCGGCCGUCAUCGAGAACAAGUUCCCGGAAAACCUCAUCUUCUUCGGCGAUACCUCCUCUCGUGUAAAUCAAAAGAAGAAAAUGAAGCGAAAUCUAUCGAGCCCAUUCCAUGGCAUGACCAGUGAUUCCGAUAGUAAUGGUGAAAGCUUUGAAGAGAAGAAAGGUCUCGAGGGUGCUUUAUCUCCUCGUGAAGACUUGAACGCUUAUUGGGAACAGAUCAGGAGGAUCGAUGACCAUGUCCGAGAGAUUUCAGACUCGAGAGGCUCUCCUAAAGAAACCAAGUUCCCUUUGCUUAGGCGUGAGUCAAUGUCACAUGCGUUGGUGUCACAGGUGAGCAAUACAAUCCUCGAGUCAGCCAAGAGUGAUGUCAGCUCGAUCAUGGAGAUGAUGAAGAACCCUGAUAGGUACUCUGUGAAAGAUGCUUCUUUCGAGUCUCCGAUUCGUUCUCCAAACGUCCAUGACGUCUUCGAGGUUCCUAGGACGAAGGAGAGCCUUACAAUCAUCUCCGAAGAAGAUGAAAUCGAAGAAAGAAACAAAGAAUCGCAGCUCAGAGGUAAGAUGGUGAGUAGUAGCAGCUACGAAAGAAAAGUGAGUAAGCCGCCAAGAGAUAUGAGCAUCAAGGCAGAUCAUAUGAGUUUGCUAAAAGAGAUUCGAGAACAGCUAAAUGUAAUGCAAACAGAGAUGAGAAGCUUAAGAUCAGAACUGCAUCAAACUCAACCUGUUGUGUCCCAUCGCGAGGAUGAGGAUCGAGCCCUUAACUCAAUUCAAGAGGCUAUGAUUCACUUCUGGCUUUAG